CCUUCCCACACACACUUUGCCUUGCCGCCACCGGCGCCUCCCUCACACCCCCGGCGAACGAGGAACCGGGCCGCGCCCCGCCGCCGCCGCCGCUCGUCCGGCCCCCUCCACCCACCGACCCGGCGGCUGUCGACCACCCUCUCACCUCUCGCCGCCCGAAUGCGAGGCCGCCACUUCCUCAACCCCCUCCUCUCCCCUCUCUGCUACCAAAAACCCCCCUCCGCUCGCCACCUCGCCCCCCGCGGCGACCCCCGCCGGCGAGCCGUAGCCCAGCCGCCUUCCGCGCGCCGUGCCCCGCUGUCCGAGCCCGACGUCGGCAUCUCCCGCUUCGCCUCCGACGUCCCCGGUUUCCGCGGCGCCCUCAAGCAGCGGUACUCCGACUUCGUCGUCCACGAGGUCGCCCUCGACGGCUCCCUCGUCCGCCUCACCUCCUUCGACCUCCCUGACAGUGAGCGUGUAGAUGCAAAGGAAGGCGCCGUGGACGAAGCACAGGCGCUGGAGUCAUUCCGGUUGCUCUGCGGCGAGGCGGACUGUGAGGCAUUGAGGGGAUUUCUGGAGAGGGUUUCGGAGGGAGGGGACAGCGAUGUCUCGCCGAUCAUUCUCUCGGCUGACGCUGACAAGGCUCAUCGCUCGGAAGUUCAUGACUUCUUCAAGAGGAAUUUCGAGUCCUUGCUUACAGAUACGGUCGAGCACAGCGAUGGAAUCCAGAGGUGCAUCAGGGUGCGCUUGAAGCAAGGGCGACCUGAGCGGAGAGAUGUUGAUGGGAGGAGGAGGAAUAGGAAGGGCACGGCGAGUUCUGGCUGGAGAGAUGACAUGCCAUUUGAUAGUAGAGGAUCUAUAAUCUGGCCUGACCAUCUCGGGAAGUUCAUAAGAUUUCAUCUUUACAAGGAGAACAAGGACACUCAAGAGGCAUUAGGAAAAAUUAGCAAGAUGCUAGGCCUUCAGCCUCGGUCAUUCGGGUUUGCAGGAACAAAGGAUAAGCGUGCUGUUACAACCCAACAGGUCACGGUUUUCAAGGUGCAAGCCAGCAGGUUGGUAGCUCUUAAUAGGAAGCUCAUUGGCAUUAAAGUUGGAGACUUCAGUUAUGUGAAGGAAGGCCUUGCUCUUGGUCAACUCAUGGGGAACCGAUUUACAAUUAUUUUGAGGAGUGUUGUUGCAGAAUCUGAAGACGUGAUUAAGGCCGCCAUUGAUGGAUUAAUAAAAAGUGGAUUUAUCAAUUAUUAUGGUCUACAACGCUUUGGUAGUGGUUCGGUACCAAAUCACCAAAUUGGUGCUGCUUUGCUUAGAGGAGAGUGGAGAAAUGCUGUUCAAUUGAUUCUUGAUCCAAGGGAAGGAGAAUGUGAUGGCAUAAAUAAAGUGAGGGAGCAUUUUAAGGAAUAUGGUGACAUUGACACAGCACUUAGGAACUUCCCUCGAUUUCUCAUAACAGAGAGAGCUAUUCUUCAACGUUUGAAGAAGUACCCUGGCAACUAUCUACAAGCACUAAUGGCCAUACCGAGAACACUGAGACUGAUGUAUGUGCAUAGCUACCAGAGUUACCUAUGGAACCAUGCUGCAAGUAUGAGAGUUGAAAAGUAUGGUAUUUCACGAGUUGUAGAAGGUGACUUGGUUUACAAAAAGGAAUCACCCUAUGAGCAAGGAGUUUUAAAUGUUAUUUCAGAAGAUGAUGGCCUAACUAAUUCAUAUGAAAUGAAUACAUGUUGUGAAACACUUCCAGAAGAAAUGAUGAAUUUUGUCAAGAAAGUGGAUUCUGAAGAUUUAUCGAAGUCACUGUACACAUUUGAGGAUGUAGUCCUCCCUUUGCCUGGUUCAGAAACAUUGUUUCCUGGGAACGAAGUUGCUGUGAUUUAUCAUGAAAUGGCUAAAAAGGACGGCAUUAACCUCAGAGAGAGUGUCCAUGGUGUCAAGGACUUCUCUAUUACAAGUAUGAAAGGAGGGUAUCGUCGAGUGAUCCAGCGACCUAUUGAUUUUGAAUGGGAUCCCAUUACUUAUACAGAUGAGCAAACAUCUUUAGUAGAAACGGAUUUAGAUGUUAUGUCUGAAGCGAGGCCAUUAAAAGUAAAUGAACUAUUAUCCGAUGGGAUUUCCAGCUGCACAUCACAUGAUUCUGGGUUAACUGCUCCAUUGUAUGUCUCUGAAUCAAUCAAUGGAGCUAGCCUAUUAGAAGCCGAAUCUAUUGGCAGCCCGGAUCUGUUGAAGAAGCUGGCAGUAAAAUUAGCAUUUACUCUGCCAGCAUCAUCUUAUGCUACAAUGGCUAUUAGGGAGUUGAUGAAGACUUCAACUUCGGUUGCUUAUCAAAAAACAUUGAACAACUGAACCUUCAGCCACCUGCAUUAUUUAUGACAACUGAUCUCUGAUCUCAAGGGCAUUGAGGUUUAAGCAUGCAUAAUUGCAUAUCGCUUUACGUGAAUUAACAUAUUGUCUCAUUGACCGAGUAGCUUCCUCUAUGCCUUGUACUGCUGUACAUGAGAGAAAAAUCUAGGUCUUAUCCAAAGCGUUGACUCAUGAGCAUAGCCUUCAUUCAAUGCAGCCGCUCAUCUAUAGUCACGUGAUAGAGAUUGCAUGGAGUGAUAUGUGCUACGUCUAAUCGAGAAGUUAGAUUCGUUUUCCGUUUUCCUUUUUGAAAUGUAUGUAAUCAAUAUAUCUGCUGUGUCUAACUCCACAAAGGAGGGCGACGUCAAUUUAACCGGCCUAGAGCUGUGGUGAAGAGCGGCAUGUUUUUAUUUUCAAUUGUCACUUGCCCAUUGAAUGAGACUCUCCUUUUUGUUUCAUAUUUUCUACU